AUGCUAAAGUACAUUAUCCCAACAAUAAUACUCAUACCCCUGACCUGAUUAUCAAAAAACAACAUAAUCUGGAUUAACUCUACAACCCACAGCCUACUGAUUAGCCUUACAAGCUUACUCCUUAUAAAUCAAUUCGGCGACAACAGCCUCAACUUUUCAUUAGUAUUUUUCUCUGAUUCUUUAUCCACUCCACUAUUGAUUCUAACUAUAUGACUCCUUCCCCUAAUAUUAAUAGCCAGCCAACACCACCUAUCAAAAGAAAACCUAACCCGAAAAAAGCUAUUUAUCACCAUGCUAAUCCUACUACAAUUGUUCCUAAUCAUGACCUUCACCGCCAUAGAACUGAUCUUCUUCUACAUUCUAUUCGAAGCAACACUAGUUCCAACACUUAUUAUCAUCACCCGAUGAGGAAACCAAACAGAGCGCCUAAACGCCGGACUUUACUUCUUGUUCUACACACUUACAGGCUCCUUACCUCUGCUAGUUGCACUAGUUUACAUUCAAAGCACGGUAGGAUCCCUAAACUUCCUAAUACUCCAGUACUGAGCACAACCUAUAUCUAACUCCUGAUCUAAUAUCUUCAUAUGGCUAGCAUGUAUAAUAGCCUUUAUAGUAAAAAUACCACUAUAUGGCCUUCACCUUUGACUACCUAAAGCCCAUGUAGAAGCCCCUAUCGCAGGUUCCAUGGUUCUUGCAGCAAUCCUAUUAAAACUGGGGGGAUAUGGCAUGCUACGAAUCACAUUGCUCUUAAACCCAGUAACUGACUUCAUAGCAUAUCCAUUUAUCAUACUAUCCUUAUGAGGCAUAAUUAUAACCAGCUCAAUUUGCCUUCGCCAAACAGACCUGAAAUCCCUCAUUGCAUAUUCUUCUGUAAGCCACAUAGCACUUGUUAUUGUAGCCAUCCUUAUCCAAACACCCUGAAGUUAUAUAGGAGCUACCGCUCUAAUAAUUGCCCAUGGCCUCACAUCCUCUAUACUUUUCUGCCUAGCAAACUCCAACUACGAGCGAGUCCACAGCCGAACUAUAAUCUUAGCUCGAGGCCUACAAACCCUGCUUCCACUAAUAGCCACUUGAUGACUACUAGCUAGCCUAACCAACCUAGCCCUGCCCCCUACAAUUAACCUAAUCGGAGAAUUAUUAGUAGUAAUAUCAACCUUUUCAUGAUCUAACACCACAAUUAUCCUAAUGGGAGCAAACAUAGUAAUUACUGCCCUUAAACUCCCUUAUAUACUAAUCAUAACCCAACGAGGAAAAUAUACCCACCACAUCAACAACAUCUCACCAUCCUUCACACGAGAAAAUGCACUCAUAUCAUUACAUAUUCUACCUCUAUUACUCCUAUCUCUAAACCCAAAAAUUAUUCUAGGGCCCCUGUACU